AUGCCUUCUUUUGACGAGAACAAAGCUUACGUUGAGCAAGAAGAAACCUUCUUUGACGACGGAAGAGAAAUUGAGCUUUUGCAUUAUAUAUACGGUCGUUCUGAUAUUGAUGAGUUGCGUGAUUCGCCGGAGCGCGUGCUCCAGGCUAUUGAUGAGUUUGGUCGCACCAAGAAGUAUCUCAUGAACGUUGGUGAGGACAAGGGCAAGAUUGUAACAGAUCUCAUCGCUGAAGUGAAGCCCAAAGUCAUGGUCGAACUUGGUGGUUAUGUAGGCUACUCAACUCUCCUCUUCGCCAACGCCGUUCGCAAAGCAGGAGGCACAAACUAUUACUCCCUCGAACGCAACCCCGAAUUCGCAGCAGUGAUAACUUCCCUCCUCGAUUUAUCAGGUCUAUCAUCAAUCGCCCGCGUCAUCGUUGGUCCCAGCGACGCCGGCCUCGCUCGUCUACACAAGAACGGCACCAUUAAAAAGAUCGACCUCAUGUUCCUCGACCACUACAAGCCCGCCUACACAAGCGAUCUCAAACUCUGCGAGCGUCUUGGUCUCGUCGGACCUGGUAGUGUGCUUGCAGCGGAUAACGUCAUCAAGCCAGGAAACCCGCCGUAUUUGGCGUAUGUGAGGAGCAGUGUUGCUGAGAAGAGAGCUGCAAAGGGACAGAAUGGUGAUAAGGAUGGGUUUGCGGAUAGAACGGCGAAACAGUAUCUCAAGAGGGAAGGGGAAGAGAAAUUGAAUGAGGAAGAGGGGGAUCCGAAUUUGGUGUAUGAGAGUCAAUUGGUUCACAGCUUUGAACCAACUGGUGUUCCUGAUGCCGUUGAGAUUACACGGUGUACAGGCCGCGAAGACUAA